GCAUUCGGUAAUAAAAAAUGAAAACUUUAAAUAACAUAGAUGAAACUUUGCCUUUCAUUGGUGAAAUAGGCAUUUAUCAAAUAAUUGUUAUUGGAAUUUUUUGCUUAAUAACAAUACCUAACACCUUUCAAUCUCUCAUUAUUUACUUUGUUGCUGCUAAUCCAGCAUGGAAAUGUGUUGAGAACAGUACUUUUUGCACAUUGACUGGAAUCUUUAAGUCUGGAGAUAAAAACUACACAAUGAGAUGUAACAUGCCAAGAUCUGAAUGGAAGUUUGUAGAAGAUUAUGAAUACUCUAUUGUUACUCAGUUUGGUUUAUUUUGCGAAAAUGAAAGUUUAAUAUUUGUCAGUAACUCACUGUUAUUUGCAGGAUCUGGAGUUGGAUCUCUCAUAUGUGGAUGGCUAGCUGAUAAAUAUGGUAGAAAACGAAUGAUGAUUCCAUGUAACAUCAUUGUUAUAAGCGUAGCAUUUGUUAGUGCUUUCUCACCAACCUACUGGUUAUUUGCAUGCUCCAGAUUUGUUGUUGGCUUUUUUGGAAGUAUAAAUAUAGCUAUGAUGUUUAUAUUGAGCUCAGAGUUGGUAGGAUUGCGGUAUCGCCCCGCUGCUGGAAUCAUAUUGUGGUUCUUCUUCACUCUUGCACUAGUGAUGUUAGGUUUGGUUGCAAUGAAAGUUAGAAAAUGGAAGAUGCUUAUGAUUUUUUCGACUGCUCCUUAUUUUUUGGUUAUUCCACUUUUAUUUUUUGUUCCUGAAUCUCUACGCUGGAUGCAUUUAAAUAAAAAGUUGGAACAACUACACCGGGAUAUUCAAAGAAUUGGUAAGAUGAAUGGAAAAGGAACAUUACUCAUAGAGCUUUUACCUUUAAAUGAAAAAAAAAUAUCUGUAAAACCAUGGAUGUUGUUUAAUACCAAAAAAAUGGCAUUUACUACCUUCAGUAUUAGUUUUGCUUGGUUUAUAAAUGGACUUGUUUAUUAUGGAUUGUCGUUUGCUGCUGAUAACUUAAGUAAUCAUUUUUAUCGCAAUUUCAUUUUAUCAAGUUUAGUUGAGCUGCCUGCAGCUUUAAUUGGUAUUCUUGGAGCCACAUACGUUGGUCGAAAAUCCACUGUAGUUUAUCCUAUGCUUUUAGCUGGUCUGUUUUGUGCAUUGGUGACUGUUAUUGAUGAGAAAGAAACUCGACAAUCUUUUAUAAACACUCGAGUGGCAAUUGGAUUAUUUGGCAAAUUUUUUGUCGCUCUCUCCUAUGACACUAUAUACACGUGGACUGUUGAACUUUUUCCUACGCAGAUUAGAACGGAAGCACUUGGCUAUGUUAUGAUUGCAAGUCGUAUUGGAGGUAUGUUUUCUUCUUGGAUUUCAAAAUGGUUGCGUGUAAUUCAUUGGAGAGUCCCUUUUGUAAUGAUGGGGGCUUUAACUAUUGUAUCUGCGUUUCUGAUGCAUUGGUUACCAGAAACCAAAGAGAAAGCAACGCUUGAAAAAAUUGAAGACAAUACGAAGAUUGGAGAGAAUAACUCACUUACAAGCAUAAUAGAUUGAAAAAAUUAUAUA